AUGGAUGCCUUCAAGCUCUUGACGAGAGCCACCAAAUUGAAGACCGGUACCGCUAGUAGUACCCUCUCUUCAUCAACUCUGCCAUCUAAAGGCAAGGCGCAGACACCCCAGCUCUUCCACGCCUCGGAGGCCGAGGAACUGCUGCGGAAGAAUGGUGGCGUCAGCGCCAGCAAAAAGCGCAAGAGAACCCAUGCGCCGGCCGUGGCGUCGGAUUCGGAGAAUGAUGAUGAUAACCUGCCAGGGUUAGAUUUCUUCGGCGCAGGCAAAAGCUCUGCCUCGACGGCUAAGAAGGAGCGGGCUGCCGCGGCAAAGGGGCAGGAGGAGGUGGAGUCGGAAGAGGAAGAGGGCGAGUCGAUGGAUGAAGUACAGCGGCGCACGAUCUUGAACACGCACAAGAUCAAGGUCACGGAUAUGCGUGACCUGGAGGGGGUACAGCAAGUGGCGGCGGCAGCGCCGCCGGCGGAGGGUGACGAGUCCAACAAGAAGAAAACGAAGAAGAGAAAGCAAGAAAAAGAGAGCUCGUCGUCGGCUCAACCGCUCACGAAAAAGGAGCUGAAAAAGGCACGCCAGUUGUUCCCGCAACCUUUGGUCUCGUUCAAAGAGCUGCGUACCAGGUACAACAUCUCGCGCCGGCUGGCGGAGAACAUCGCCGAGCAAGGGUUUACGGUCCCCACAGAGGUUCAGUUGGGGAGCUUGCCUCUGUUACUGGGGGAUCAGUCGGUUGCCCAGAAGGCGGGUACGACUGGCACGGUCGAGCCUGAUCUUCUGGUGGUGGCGCCGACGGGCAGUGGUAAGACGCUGUCUUUCAUGAUCCCCGUCAUUAACAAGAUUGUCCGACACCACCACCAGCAACAGGAAGAGCGUGGUAUCUUCGCUGUUGUUGUUGCUCCCACGAAGGAGCUUGCCAGUCAGAUCGUCAAUGAAGGACGGAAACUGGCGCUCGGAACUGGUGUCAAGAUUACUCUGAUGAAGAAGGGCAUGCGCAAGAGCAGCAAGGGGAAAGCCCCCGUUACCAAGAGUGACAUCCUCGUCACGACGCCAUUGAUGUUGGUCAAUGCACUUUCUGCAAACAAGACCAAACCCUUGGCGACCUUGCCUCUGGUAAGAAACAUUGUCCUGGAUGAAGCCGAUGUUCUGUUGGACCCUCUGUUCCGCGAGCAAACGCUCGAUAUCUGGCGAGCAUGCACGCACCCUGAACUUCGGGCAAGCUUGUGGUCUGCUACCAUGGGCUCUAACAUCGAAGAUUUGGCCAAGUCUACCAUCAAGGAGCGCAAAGAUAUGUUGAGCACAACCAAGUCUUAUCCCCUCCUCCGUCUCGUUGUGGGACUGAAGGACUCCGCUAUUCCGAACAUCAAACACAAGCUGGUCUACGCCGCAACAGAGCAAGGAAAGCUGCUGGGACUCAGACAACUCCUUCACCCUGCGGCAGCAGCGGCUUCAGAUGUUCGUCUUCGACCUCCCUUCCUCAUUUUUACCCAGACUAUUCCUCGUGCCAUUGCCCUCCACUCAGAAUUGCGCUACGACAUCCCUGCUGAAGCCGGUGGCUCUUCGCGCAUUGCCGUUCUUCACUCCGACCUGUCCGACAACCAGCGGUCCGAUAUCAUGAGACUGUUCCGCAAGGGCGAGAUCUGGAUUCUUGUUACGACCGAUUUGCUAGCUCGUGGUGUUGACUUCCGAGGCAUCAAUGGUGUGGUCAACUACGAUAUCCCCAAUUCCGCCGCCGUUUACGUCCACCGUGUCGGACGAACUGGCAGAGCGGGCCGUGAAGGCGGCAUCGCCGUAACAUAUUAUACUAAGGAAGAUAUUCCCUAUGUCAAGAGCAUCGCCAACGUCAUCGACGUCAGUGAGAAACUACGGGGCACCACAGAGGAGAAGUCUGUGCAAAAGUGGUUGCUCGACGCUCUCCCCGACCUCAGCAAGAAGAGCAAGCAAGAGCUUAAGAAGCACGGUGUCAAGGCCCGACAGUCCAAGAAGGACGGCAAAGAGGACAAGAAGACGAGAAUCAGCACCAAGAGUGGUUACGAACGACGGAUGGAGAACAAGAGAAAGGGCGCGAUCGAAGCCAGCCGGACCAGGAAGUCCGACUCACGACCGGCCGCUGCAGAUGCUGCUGCUAGCGACAACGAGGCCUGGGAUGGUCUUGACGACUAG